GGUGCAAUGCUUGGCGGCCUGUUUUGUUGGGAUUGCGAAGUUGUUGUCAGUUGUGACAUUAAUCGCCAGAAAGUAAACAGUAAGAAGACAACAAAAUAUUUUUAAAAAAAUGUCGUUUGGCUUCGGAAGUCAAGCUAUUACAACCACCGGAACGGCUUUCGGGUUCGGUGCGAAACCAUCUACACCAGCUUUUGGCCUUGGAACUGCAACUACGACUAGCUCUCUUUUUGGAACACCGCAGCAGGCAAAUGCAACUUCAGGAAUAACAUUUGGCACUCCUGGUGUUACACAGAAUACUGGUUUGUUUGGAACUGCAACAACUACACAGGCUUCAGGAUUAACAUUCGGGACACCUACUACCCAAGCAUCAGGACUUACGUUUGGAGCACAAGCCACAACUGGUCUUUCAUUUGGGACACCAACUACCCAACAAUCCCAACCAACUGCAGCAUCUACAUUGCCAUUUGGGACUCCAGUGUCAUCUGCACAGCCCACAGUUAAUUUUGGAACUCCCACCACUACAACUCAGACAGGGCUUACUUUUGGAAGCGCAGCACUCUUUGCCACUCCGUCCUCCUCUGCUCCAGCUCAGUUUGGAACACCUGCAACAACUAGCCAACCAACAUUGGCAUUUACUACUCUGACAACUACUGCGGCCCCAAUUCCUUUAUCUUUUGGUAGUCAGGUGACGACUUCAGCUGCUCCUACUCCAGCUUUUGGUUCUGGUGGUUUUGCCUUUGGAGCAUCGUCUACUACAGCAGCAGCAGCACCAGGAACAACAGCAGGAAUUGGUACACUUGCAGCAGCAGCUACAACAGCAACAGCUGGGACAGCAUUUGGCACUCCAGCAACACAAUCACAGCCAUUUGGGUCUUCCUUGUUAGCUACCCCUACCUCAAGUAACCUCUUUAGUACACCUACUACUACAAGUACAAGCCUAGGCUUUGGUAUUGGCACAGCAACAAGCAAGCCAGGGGGACUUUUUGCCACAGCAGCAACUGCAACAACUACAUCUGGAUUAACACUACCAGCUUUUGGUAGUACGGCAACGGCAUCUAGCAGCUUAUUUACUUCAUUUACAAAACCUACCACCAGCACAGCAACCACAACUAGUUCUGCACCUUCCAUUGGUCUAGGUGGUCUUGACACAACACAGAGCAAAGGUCUAGCCAGUAGUAUAACAGGUGCUUCAGUAAAUCGAGGAGAGUCAAAAACAGUGAAGGAAACUGCCGUUCCUAAUGAACUACUGCAAACAGUGGACAGCUUCAAGGACUUUGUCAAAAAACAGAAAGCUUACUGUUCAGACGUAGCAAGAAGCUCCCCUAAAACUAUGCAUAAAGUACAAGAGGAUUUAGAGUUGCUGAAACAGAUGGUUGCAUCAGAAGUUAGUGACCUUCAGAGGAACGUUACGUUGUCAAGCAGGCUGAAGGCAGAUACUGAUAAGUGUCUGCAGACUGUGGAAAUGGCUCAAAAAACACAAGAUACACCUCCAGGAUUACAGUUUGAAAACACUGCUCCUGAUAAAUACUUCGAGGACCUUGUUACACGUUUUGAAAAUCAAAUUCAAGUGUACAAACAAGAGGUUGAUAAAAUUGAGGCUCAUGUAAACGCAGUACUGAGUCCAAAGCCUCUGUCAUCACAAGAGUUCUGCUUGGCGUUAAAAAGGCUCCUGGAUUGCUUUGUUGCUGUAGCAGGACGUUUGCAUGAAGUUCAUAACAUGGUGGAGAAUCAAAAGGAACAGUAUUUAAAUUUACUAAAAUAUUUUUUGAAAGAUACAACAAAUGUAUUUGAAGAAGACAAUAAAAAAUCAUCAGUCACAACAAAAACAAAAUCUCCAACAAUAUCAACAGGCCCUACAGCUUUCUCUGCUCUGGGAAAUCAAGGUUUUGGAUUGAUAUCAUCAUUGCUUUCAAAAGCUCAGCUUCCUUCAAGCAAUCCAUUAGGUUGGGGAUCAAAUCAACAGCAGAGUUCAUCAUUGCAACUACACUACCCACAGCAGCAAUUCUUUUCAUCUGGUUCAACCCUCCUGUCUGGUGGUAUUACAAGUAAUAUUAAUGCACUUUCCACGCCACAACCUGUUGAAAAUCAAAGUUUUCAGCUUCAGAAACCACCUGUGGGCAAUAAAAGAGGAAAGCGUAUUUGAAAAAAAAUUACAUUCAAUUAGACUGGCAUUUCAUGUGUUUUUUCUCAAUAGACUUUUUACCAUAUUACUUCCAGCAGUUAGAAGUUGUAUAGAGUUAGAGUAACAAACUGAAUUAUGAUGAUAAUUUCUGUGCAUCUAUAAGAUGUGUGUAUACCCAUGCAUGAAAAGCUGCGAUCAUAGCCUUGUGUGAUAUGCAGCGCAAUGUCAGUUCCUUUCCAAGCAAAGGAGAAAAUUAAGUUUCUUUUUGUAUUGGUUGUGAUAUUAUAUGGUUAAACUCAAAUUUCCUCUUUCUUUAUGAAUUUUGAAAUGUUUGUUUGUAUUGAAUUGUUAAGAAAGUCAUGGCACACACACAAACUUUCUUAAGUUCUUUUAAUUAUUGAUAUCAUGUUGAAAGAGCUGUGCAGUACACAACUGGACCUAAAUUGUCAGAGUUUUCGAUUCCCUAGCUACGAGAGGAAUGAACUCAAACUUUUUGUUGAAAAUGUGAACAAAGAAAAAUAUUUUGAAGUAAACUCUGUGAAACAUUCCAUUUGUUUAUUUAGACUCUUUGGCUUCAUUUAGAUUUCUUACCUCUUUCUUUCUUUCUAUUAUUGAUUUAUAAUAACCAUUACCAUACUUACAGUGGAACACAAUAUUAGAUACUGAACAUAACUGUAAAACAGAAAUGAGCAUACUACUAGAUUUGUAUGACAAAAUAUUAUGUGAGUCUAUAUAUUAGAAAAAGCCUUCAUUGGUGAUUUUAGUUUCCUAAAACCCUGCUUCACUUUCCCACAUAACUGUUGCUCACAUCUAAGCAUUUUUUUCUAACGUUACACUAUCUUCUUCAGUGCCUUCGCAUAGAAUUGACCCAGUUGAUAAUAGAGGUCUUGAGUUAAUCAUCAUCUCUAAUGAUUGUCAGCCAAGUCACUGUUUCAAAUGCAGGAAGAGGUAAUAAUCAGUAUAAUGCAAGUUCUUGACUGUAGGAUGAUUGAUUCAAAAGUUGUCAACAGAAAUGAUGAAUUUUACUCUUCGUGGAUGAAUAUUGUCAUUGGUGCGAACUGCCCCAGUCAACAGUUUCCUGUAUUGUUGAUUUUAGAUGGCAUAUACCAAUUUGGUGAGCAUUUGGCAGUACAUUUCAGCUGUAAUUGUUGACCCAUAUCUCAUGAAGUAAAGCAAAAAACACCUUUUUUGUUCUAAAAAAAACUGUAGCCUGUAUUUUUCAACCCGAUUAAGGAGGUUAGGUGAAUUCUUUUAAUUUUUGUGCGGCCCUACUGCAUUAUCCGUUGUUCUGGUUAUGCAUAGCUCUUGGACAUCCACAUCUCGUCAUCGUUCAUCUUGUCAGUAGCAAUUCAGAAAUGCUUAUUUGAUUGAUAUUCUUUGCUCUUUAUGGUGGUGGCUAAAAGUUUUUGGAACUUACCCACCACAUAGUUUGUUAUAUCCAAGCUUUUCCUUAACAGUGGAGUAGAUAAUGGUGGAUUCUGCAGAAAGAAACUCAUCAGCCUAAGCGCUACUCGUCAAUCUUUGAUCAGACUGCAGUUUUUGGUCCAACUUGUUGCACACUCUUAUUGGCCUGGAUACUGGUCUUACCACUCUACUCUUCAUUGCAUACAUUUGUACUGUCACUUUUAAAGUCUCAAUAGCACUGUCUAAUCUUCUCUUCACUUAUUACAGUAGUCUCAUAAACUAGACAGCUUCUGAUCAAUUUAACAGCUGUAGAUACUUUUGCUCCCAAAUUUAAUUACAGCACACACUUCACAACUGAGAGAAGUAGCAAUUUUCACGACCAUUGUUAUUUACGUUCACCCAUGUCAGAUUACUAAUGAAUCGAAACAAUAGCUUCUGUGGAGUUGUAAAUAAUUACUGCAUUUGUGCAAAUUUGUUCUGAGCUGCCAACAUUUAAAUAUAGGCAACAACUCUUACUUUUUGAAUAAGCCUCCUACUAAAACAUAUUUCAGCUACCAAUAUCUUUGAUUUAUCUGUCAUUGCUGUGCUUGUUGUUCGCUUUAUAAUCUGUGGAAUAGGAUUACUUUUGACAGAAGUGAACAACUGUACUGAUGGUGAAGUAGCUAGAUAGUAUGUUCAGAAUCUUGUGAGAUUUUCUAAACCCUUCCAGGAAGCUGACUUGUUCAUCAGAGACAUGUUCUCAAGCAAACAGGAAAAGAAAACCAAAACUCAUUGUGUAAUGACAGUAAGAUAAUGGUAUUGACAGUUUCAGGUAUUUCCAAGUGCAAACUGAAUUUCAAAAGUGAAAGUACAUGUCUGUGAAUAUUCAUUUAUGUUGCGGUCUAUCUUUUGAAAAAUGACGAUUCUAAAAAUGUAACACUGGUCCAAAACGAAUAGUAGCAGAAAGUUUGUAGUUACGUUUUUUUCAUUCUUAAAUAAUUAGCAGCUGGAACCAAGCAAUAAUAGAUUUCAUUCAUGUUAAUUGAAGUACUUUGUUACAUAAUUUUGCUCCAUUGUUAUUUGAGGGUAAAGGAAUGUCUCAAAAACUGGAAGAGAAAAAAAAGAAAGUGCUGAUAAAUGACGUUUGAGGAUGUUAUAUUGAUGUCAGUUUCAGUGCUUCAUUUGAUUAACAGUCACUAAUUGUAGAACUAUGUAUAAAACUGCCUGUAUUUUCUUGAAGAUUUUGGAUUCAUUACUAAACUAGACAGCAAAUUGUUGAAAACAUUGUAUUCAUGGGAGGAGCAGAGUCAAAUACCAGACUGGCCAUCAUGAUUUACAUUUUUUGUGGUGCAACCAUAUUGCUUUGAGCAAAUUUGAUUGUAUUUAUUUCAGUAUGUGCAUUGCCAAUUUUUUCUCCUCAUUUUUGUAUAAGUUUCAUAGUGAUACAUCUUUUGUGGCUCUAAAAUCACAGGAUAUUAUUCUAGGAUUCUGGCGCCAACAUUGAUUACAGUACAUGCGUUCCCUAACAUACAGAACUUAAAUUUCAGAAAACUCUUUAACAGUGCUAACUAUUAUGAGAUGGAAAUUUCUCCCGAUGAUAGCCAUGCAAACAGCGUUCUCGGUUUACUUGUCACCUAAACUCUCGAGUUUUCGGCAAAUCUCCAUCUUAUGAUUAUGAUUUUGGUAGUGCACAUACAUAAAAUGGAAUGAAAAUGUGAACUGGUACAACUGUGGUGUCGUAGAAGUGAAGUGCUAAUGCUGUGUUCCUGGUCUCUGGAUGAAUUAAAUAUCGGAAUGUGUGCAGCAUUAAAAUGACCUGAAAAAAAGGAACAUGUAAUAAAGUCACCACUUUGUUUUUGGUGACAAGGAAAGUCAAUAAGAAAUUUAUUGUGUUUAGAAUUAUGAAACACUUCUAACAAAGUAGAUGGUGUGUGUUCGUAAGCAGUUAAUGGUAAAAAAAGUGCCAGAAUAGAGCAAUUACUCUCUCCUCCUGUGAAAAUUAUUUGUGAAAAUAUUACUGCGUUAUUAUAAUAGCAAGUUGUAGUUACUUUAAAGCUGGAAAGGCUCCACAUCUGUGAACAAAAUAGAAUCAGUUGUCUUAGAUACACUCAUAUUCCUUGCAGUUUUUCUAGUUGCUGUACAACACAGACUCAGGCUGUACUAAACACAAGAUCUUUAGGGUUGUAAUGAGGGUUUUCUUCGCCUGUCAGUGUUCUUUUGAAUAAUGUUACGUUAUUGAACCUGUAUGCCAUGAUGUUGAGAGAAGUGUUGUAUCUCUUAGUUCAUAUUGUAGGUAGUUUUUUUCCUCAUAUGGAUGUAUCAUCGUCUUGUGCUGAGAGUUAGAGUGCACCAAAUAAGUCCAGUUUUCCUUCAUAAUAUUUUUAAGUAACCUUUCUCAUUCAUACAUUUUAAGUAUGUUUCUCUGAAAGAAUGAAAUUAGUAUAUAUCUGUGUACGUAAUGUAGAUGUCGAUUUUCUUACAGUGUAUAAUCCCACUCUGAAUAUUAAGGUAGAUGCAGUAUGUCAAAUGUGUUGUUGAUAUUGAGUAUGUUACCAUAAGAAAUGCCAGUCUAUUUGAAUUGUAAGGAAUAUCCAAAGUGAUGGACACUGUUGUUGCUGUUAUAUUGUUCUGGUUGAUAUUUAUGAUCUCUGACAUGAUAGUGAUGACAGUAUUAUAUGCUGUUUAGCUAUAACACACUAUAUUACAUUAUUUAGAAAAUAAUCAUAGGCUAAUGAGUGAGUGAACGUUCAUUUUUAAUACCUUGGAGUGUCUUCAGAAACUGGUUGUUGCCUGAAUCCAAGUGAAAAGUUUAUCACACACCUGAAUUUUUAUGAGAAGCUUCAUGUGAAUCCAAACUUUAGAUGGUAGGUAUAUCACAUUUAUGCAAUGAUUUCAAUUUUAAACUGAAGAUGCUGUUUGCAGCAUGACAGUGUAUCGUAGGUGUCAUUUAUGAACAAGUUUUUCUCGGUAUUGUGAGAAUUUGUUCAAUUGUGUUUUGAUUGAAUGAAAAAGGAUUUGUAUGAGCAGGUUGCAUCAACUUGCAUAAUUUCUCAGGAUUUUAUUUUUGUAUCGACAUAAUAAUAAAAAAUUAUCUCUGAUUA